AUGAGAUACGCUCAAAUGGUUAUGGGACCUGCUGGCUGUGGAAAGUCCACAUAUUGUUCUGCUGUAGCACAACACUUUGAAAAUGAAAGAAAUUCAGUGAUGGUAGUUAAUUUGGAUCCAGCUGCUGAACGUUUUGAUUAUACACCAACCAUUGACAUACGCGAAUUAAUUCAUAUUGAUGAUGCUAUGGAAGAUGAAAUUUUGCAUUUUGGGCCCAAUGGAGGAUUGGUAUUUUGCAUGGAGUAUUUAAUGGAAAACCAAGAUUGGCUUAAAGAACAGUUGGGUGAUGAUGAUGAUGAUUAUAUUCUUUUUGAUUUACCCGGACAAAUAGAAUUGUAUACUCAUAUGAAGACUGUAAAACAAUUGGCUGAAUUACUUCAAAAUUGGGGAUUCAAUGUAUGUUCAGUUAUGCUGGUUGAUUCUCAGUUUAUGGUUGAUGGGCCUAAGUUUAUCUCUGGAACAAUGGCUGCAUUAUCGGUUAUGAUAAAUUUAGAAUUGCCUCAUAUUAAUGUUCUAUCAAAAAUGGAUUUACUUAGUAAAUCAGCCAGAAAGCAUUUGGAUAGUUAUUUAGAACCAGAUCCUCGUGCAUUGCUAUCUGAUGUUAAAAAUAAUACUAGUUGGGGAAAAAAAUACCGGUAUUUAACUAAAUGUAUUGGCCAGUUGAUUGAAGAUUAUAGCCUUGUACAAUUUGUGCCUUUAAAUAUUAAAGAUGAGAACAGCAUUGCUGAUUUACAACUUACUAUUAAUACAAUGAUUCAGUAUGGUGAAGAUCAAGAUGUUCGUAUGACUGAUUUUGAUCAACAAGAUUCAGAUGAUAAUGCGGGAGGUGUGGAAAAUUUUGAUUAAAAUAUUUCAAUAAGCUUUUUUUUUUUUAUCAUCGUAUUAAUAAAAUUGAUAAUAUUACUUAAUAUUUAAUUUAUAUUAUUGUAAGUUUGCCUAACUAUUGAUAGUAAAAGACUGAAUAUGUUAUAAUUACUGUA